UUUUUAGCAUAGUUUUAUUGAAAAUCAUAACUACAUGAAAUGUGGAAAAAAUGGCACACCCACUUCCAAAACGAUGAGACCAUCACCUUCAAUUUGUGCUCGGGCCUUUCCUGCACUCUUUACUCUUUUGCAAUGGAGACUGCUUCUUUUUGUCAGCUCUUCCUUCCCAUCUGCGACUGCAGCCACGGUGACUCAAAACAUGGGUGGAAACAAGACCGAUUAUGAAGCAUUGUUGGCCUUCAAAUCAAAAAUUACUCAAGAUCCUCAUGGAAUUGUGAGCUCCUGGAACGAUUCUCUCCAUUUCUGUAAGUGGCCAGGCGUUACGUGUGGCCGCCGACACAGGAGGGUUACCAUGAUCAGUCUAAUGUCAAAUGAGUUGGUAGGUUCCUUGUCUCCUUCUGUAGGAAAUCUUAGCUUUCUUCGAGGGAUAACACUCUCUAACAACACCCUUCAUGGUGAAAUUCCACCUGAAAUCGGUAGGCUAUUUCGGUUGCAAGUUUUGAGACUGACCAAUAAUUCCUUAGAGGGCCAAAUUCCAUCCAACUUGUCCCGUUGCAUCAACCUCAUAGAUCUAUCACUCGGUAACAACAAGUUAAGAGGGAAAAUUCCUGUAGAACUUGGCUACUUGUCAAAGCUCAGAGUGCUAUCGAUUUACGAGAACCAUCUUCAAGGAGAGAUACCGUACUCUAUUGCUAAUCUUUCCUCUCUGGAAACUCUGUCUGCAUCUGAAAAUUUCUUUGAGGGAAGUAUUCCACAUGCUGCGGGUCAGUUGAAGAGCUUAACUGCUAUUGGUCUUGGCGGGAAUAAACUAUCUGGUAUUGUCCCUCCAUCCCUGUAUAAUUUAUCACUGAUUACCAUUUUCUCUUUGGGUGAUAAUCAACUCCGUGGAAGCCUUCCACCGGAUUUAGGCCUUUCUUUUCCUCAUCUCCAACACAUAGAUGUCCGGAAUAACCAAUUUGUUGGACCUAUUCCAUUGUCAAUAUUUAAUGCUUCUGAACUCCAACUUGUUUUAUUGGCAAAUAACAAUUUCACUGGAAAAAUUUUAAAUUCAUUUGGAAGUCUACCGUAUCUCACACUAUUGGGUUUGGAUGAUAAUAGUCUAGGAGAUGGAGAAGAAGAUGAAAUGGAUUUUCUUGGUUCUCUAGCCAACUGCAGCAGUUUGAAAGUUCUGGCAAUAGGUGGAAACAGAUUGGGAGGCUCGUUACCCAAUACGGUGGGCAAUCUUUCAACCUUUAUAUUUUUCUUGGGUCUGUCAGGAAAUCGGAUAUCCGGAGUUAUCCCUGAAGGUAUUGGAAAUCUAGUUAGCUUAACCCUGUUUGAUUUAAGUCGAAACAGAUUCACUGGCAAGAUACCAAGUUCUAUUGGUAAACUUCAGAACUUACAGCGAUUAUCACUUUAUGCCAAUGGACUCUCUGGAAAAAUUCCAUCUGCUGUGGGAAACUUAUCAUGGUUAGCUGAGCUUUAUUUAGAUUAUAACAUGUUGCAAGGAGACAUCCCUUCUAGCUUAAAAAAUUGCACAAACUUGUUGUCAAUAUAUCUUUCUCAUAAUAACCUCAGUGGCAACAUACCCAGUGAACUUUUUGGCAUUUCCUCUCUAUCAAUUUCACUAAGUAUAGCUCAUAACCAAUUUACUGGUCCCUUGCCUUCAUCUGUCGGUAAUCUGAAAAGCUUAGGGGAAUUGGAUGUCUCCUGGAACAGGCUGUCCAGUGAAAUUCCAACUAGCCUUGGAGCUAGCGCAAGCCUUGAGAAAUUAUACAUGGAGAACAAUUUGUUCGAUGGAUCCAUCCCUUCGUCUUUUAGUUCCUUGACGGGUAUUCAAAUCCUUGAUCUUUCUCACAACAAUCUUUCCGGAAAAAUUCCGAAUUAUUUUGUAAAAAUUCCAUUCAUAUAUUUAAACUUGUCCUAUAACAAUUUUGAGGGGGAGAUCCCCAAGAAGGGAGUUUUCACAAAUGGAAGUGCGGUGUCAAUUGUUGGAAAUGACAGACUUUGUGGAGGUAUCUCUAAAUUGAACUUGGCUAAAUGCCCCAGCAAAGAACCAAGGAAACAUAAAAUUUCACGUUUUCACUUGUCAGUGAUCAUCAUACCUUGUGCUCUUCUUGGAUUAACCGUGGUGUUAUCUUUCCUGUUCUGUUGGUUCAGAAAGAAGAAAAAAGAACAAAUUUCUGGUACUUCAUUGAAGGAACCAUUUGCCCAAAUCUCUUAUGAAAAACUCCUUAGAGCAACUGGUGCCUUUUCUAUGUCUAAUUUGAUCGGUGUAGGUAGUUUCGGCUCCGUCUAUAGAGGAAGCAUUGAUGAAGAUGGAACGGUCACUGCAAUCAAGGUGCUUAAUCUUCAACGUCGAGGUGCUUCCAGGAGUUUCACUGCUGAAUGUGAAGCAUUGAGAAAUAUUCGCCAUCGAAAUCUUGUCAGGAUCAUAACUUCUUGUUCAAGCAUCGAUUUCCAAGGUAAUGAUUUCAAGGCUCUAGUUUAUGAAUACAUGCCUAAUGGGAGUUUAGAGACAUGGCUACAUCCAGUUCAAGAAACAUAUGAAGCUGAUCGGCAGCAUAAAGUUCAGAAUAAUCUAAGCCUUCUUAGGAGAAUCAACAUUGCCAUUGAUGUGGCAUAUGCACUCGAUUAUCUUCAUCACCAUUGCCAUCAACCAAUCAUUCAUUGUGAUCUAAAACCGAGCAACAUUCUUCUUGAUAGCGACAUGACUGCUCAUGUUGGAGAUUUCGGGCUAGCAAGAAUUCUUCCAGAACUCUCAAAACCAAACCAAAGCAGCUCAAUUGGAAUAAAGGGAACUGUUGGAUAUGCUGCGCCAGAAUAUGGUCUAGGAACGCAAGUAUCAAUAGAAGGGGAUAUCUACAGUUAUGGGAUUGUAGUGUUGGAGAUGAUAACAGGGAAGAGACCAACCGACAAUAUGUUUGAGAGUGGUCUUAAUCUUCAUAAGUUUGCUAGAAAAUCCCUUCCUGACAAUGUUAUGGAGAUUGUCGACCCAAUGCUUCUCAGAGAUGAUAUGGAAAUCAUGAACAAGAGACAAUCAAUAAACACUGGCAAUAGAAUGGAGGAGUGUCUAAUUUCCAUGGUUGAAAUCGCAUUGGCAUGUUCUAUGGAGUCACCAAGAGAUCGAAUGGACAUGAGUAAGGUUGUCCAUGAACUGCACAAGGUUAGGGAUGUUCUUCAAGAAAGUACAGCUAAGCCCCACAUCUUCAGGCAUACAGAUAAAUAAGCCUGCAUGAGAAACAGAGUAAACAAGAACAGGGUACCAUGCGGAUUUGUUUAGCUAGAAGUUAACAGGUUCCCCCUGGGUCAGUACCGUACAUUUGAUGUUGUUCAAGUGUAGCGUUCAUCUUCUUGCAGCUGGUGCCUUAAGAUCUUCUGGCAUUCUGCAUCGUGGAUACCCACUUGUGGCCUCACUUUACUACUUAGAAUAAGGCACUCAUUGUGUAUGCGAACUUUCUUUCU